AUGGCCAGGUUUGCCAGAGCUGGCCUACUCGACAGGCUUAGCCAGGGAGUCCAUAGCUCCUAUCGGAGUGUCUAUAACCUGCUCUGUGGUCCUCCCCUGGGCAUUGCAGAUGCUACUCAACUCUGCUGGAGCUCUAUCUCCUCCCACCCCAAUAAGCGUGCAAAUGCUAAGUCAAGCAACACUGCCAAGAAAAACCUGAAGGCAGGUGAGAAAACCAGUUGUGAUCUGCCCAGGCUUGAAGUGGCCCUGACAGACCUCCAGAGCUCCCGGAACAAUUUGUACCACCACACAGAAGAGAUCAGCUCUGACCGUCUCCUUGUUCGCAGGGGCCAGGCCUUCAAUAUCACUCUGUACUUCAGGGGCCGGGCCUUCCAACCUGGUCUGGACAACAUCAUCUUUGUGGUUGAGACAGGACCACUGCCAGACCUGGCCAAGGGGACUCAGGCUGUGUUCAGCCUGACAGGUCGUGGGGGCCCCUGGAUCGCCUCAAUGGAGAAUAACAAUGCCACUUCUCUGGAGGUGAGACUAUGCGCACCUCCCAUGGCGGCUGUGGGACGAUACCACUUGAAGAUCCGCUUAGAAACCUUUCAAGGGUCUACGUUGGCCUAUCAGCUUGGGGAGUUCAUCCUGCUCUUCAAUCCCUGGUGCUCAGGAGACGCUGUCUACCUGGACAGUGAGCCCCAGAGGCAGGAGUAUGUGGUGAAUGACUAUGGUUUCAUCUAUCAAGGGAACAAAAACUGGAUUCAACCUUGCCCCUGGAACUAUGGGCAGUUUGAAGAGAAUAUUGUGGACAUCUGCCUGGAGCUGCUAGACAAGAGCCUGAACUUCCAGCUGGACCCAGCCAUAGACUGUGCCCUGAGGGGAAGCCCAGUAUACAUAAGCAGAGUGGUGUGUGCCAUGAUCAACAGCAAUGAUGACAAUGGGGUGCUUAAUGGAAACUGGAGUGAGAAUUACUUGGACGGCAUGAAUCCUGCAGAGUGGACUGGCAGCGUGGCCAUCCUGAAGCAGUGGCACGCCACAGGCUGCCAGCCAGUGAGAUAUGGGCAGUGCUGGGUGUUUGCUGCCGUCAUGUGCACAGUGAUGAGAUGCCUGGGGAUUCCCACCCGUGUAGUCACCAACUUUGACUCUGGUCACGACACUGAUGGAAACCUGAUCAUAGACGAGUACUACGAUAACACGGGCAGGAUUCUGGAAAACAAGAAGAAGGACACUGUCUGGAAUUACCAUGUCUGGAAUGAGUGCUGGAUGGCCAGAAAGGACCUCCCAGCUGGAUUCGGAGGAUGGCAGGUGCUCGAUGCCACACCUCAGGAGACUAGCAAUGGUCUCUACUGCUGUGGCCCAGCCUCAGUCAGGGCCAUCAAAGAGGGCGAGGUGAACCUGAACUACGACACCCCCUUUGCCUUCUCCAUGGUGAAUGCUGACUGCAUAUCCUGGCUGGUCUAUGGAGGGAAGGAGCAGAGACUUUACCGAGACACAAGUUCUGUUGGCAUUUUCAUCAGCACCAAGAGCAUCCAAAGCGAUGAUCGGGAUGACAUCACAGAGAAUUACAAGUAUGGAGAAGGUUCCCCAGAGGAGAGGCGGGUGUUUCUCAAGGCCCUUCAGAAACUGAAGACCAGGAGGUCCUACAGCUCCCAGCCCACAGAGCCGCAGCCUGCCAUGCCCCCACCAUUCCAUGGGACCAGCCCUCGGAGUCUAGAAAACACCACUCCUCAGCCCAGUGACAUCAUCCAGGUCUCCCUGCAGUUCCAGCUGCUCCACCCUCCCAACAUGGGCCAGGACAUACGGUUUGUCUUGCUGGCUCUCAACAUGUCCUCCCAGGUCAAAGAGCUCAAGGUGAACCUGAGUGCCCAGUCCUUGCUGCACGAUGGCAGCCCUCUGCCUCCAUUCUGGCAGGAUACAGCCUUCUUCACGCUUGCCCCGAAAGAAGCCAAAAGCCAUCCCUGCCAAGUUCCCUAUUCCCAAUACAGCCAGUACCUGUCCACAGACAAGGUGAUCCGCCUCAGUGCCUUGGGGGAAGAGAAGAACUGUACUGAGAAGAUCCUAGUGAACAAGAUGGUCACCUUAGCCUACCCAAAUAUCAUGAUCAACGUUUUAGGACCAGCCAUUGUGAACCAACCACUCUCCGUACAGGUGAUUUUCUCAAACCCCCUCCUGGAGCCUGUGGCUGAUUGUGUGCUGACUGUGGAAGGAAGUGGCCUCUUCAAGAAACAGCAGAGAAUCCUCAUUGGAGUUCUCAAACCUCAGCAUAGAGCCAGUAUCACUCUGGAGACAGUCCCCUUCAAGAGCGGCCAGAGGCAGAUUCAAGCCAACCUGAGGAGCGACAAGUUUAAGGACAUCAAGGGCUACAAGAUGGUCUAUGUGGACUGUGGGGUCUAG